AUGCCAAAUAAAGAGAGAUGCAAAAGACAACGAGAAGGGAAACUCCAUACGGCAGCUUCGAAUGUGCCGAAACUUAGUUGUUUUGGUUUCACAAAGAUAACGCAUCAGUCGGUUCAAGUCACAAACACUAAUAAUGAAUCAGCAAAUACUAGCCUCUCGAACGUCCUUCAUAAAAACAACCGUGAGCAUGACGUCGAAUCCGUAUCUGGGAUACCUACGUCUACGGAGGUGAUUACAUGUACAACUCCAGUAAACAACGACUCUGGAAUAAACAUUAACGACGACGAUUCGCUAUUGGUUGGCAACGUCAAUGAGUCGAGCAGCGACGAGGAAGAUUCCCUUUCGGUGAGUAAUGAUCCUGAUUGGCCUGAAACAAACAACGAUUCGUUUUUCGUUACUCCAGCUAUUUCGGUACCAAGCGAAACCAUUCUCGAAAGCGAAUCAUUUCUUGACACGCUAGCUCCAGAAUCAGAUCCCACCAGUACUCAUCCUUCAACAACUCCAAGUCCAGGUUGUCAGUCUCCAUGUUGCACACAAAGUCGUAUAUACCAGCCAACGUUUGAUGAAUUGAAGAAAACAUCUGUCAGGCAGACGUCCCCGGAUGGGAAACAUCGGCAGUGUCCAAUGUCAAUUUUUUCGAAGUAUUCAUGGGCUACGUAUUGUCUAACGCAAGGCAGCAUAGCAUGUUUUUUUUGCAAAACGGCGAGCGAAAAGGGGCUAAUAACAUUUACUAAUUAUAAGAACAAUGCUUUCUGUGCGGCAACUUUUGCCAAUUGGAAAAGAUGGCAAGAAAAACUUGAAAAGCACCACAAUUCCAAUUUUCACAGAGAAGCAAUUGAGAAAAUUAGUUGCUUGAACAAUGCUAAAAUGAAUGUUGGAGCUCAGCUUAAUGACAAAUAUAAAGGUAACCAAGAACUUCAUCGAUAUUUAUUUCUGAAACAGCUAAGCAGCCUAAAGUAUCUGGUACGCCAAGGUCUUGCAUUACGGGGACACGAACGUAUAGAUAGUAAUCUUAUUCAACUGCUUAAAACAAGGGCUGAAGAUGUUCCUGAACUGAACAACUGGAUUGAGAAUAGACAAUACCUAAGUCCCAUUAUAAUCAAUGAGCUCCUCGAAAUGAUGGGUAAUACAGCCUUACGAUCGAUUUUAGAGGACAUUCGGAAUAACUCUGGAUUCUUCGGGUUAAUUGCAGACGAGUCUCGUGACAUCAGCAAUAAAGAGCAGCUAACGUGUAUACUUCGAUGGGUAUCUCUGUCCGAUCUGAUGACCCAUGAAGAUUUUAUUGGAAUGUACCUGGUCGAGAAACCCGAUGCCGAGACUAUAGCAGCUUCUUUGAAAGACAUUUUGCUGAGAUGUAGUCUCAACCUAAACGAUUGUUUUUGGCAGGCUUACGAUGGAGCAGCAACAAUGAGUGGUCAUCUUAGUGGAGUUGCGGCUCGGCUACAAAAUGAAAACCCGGUCGCUUUCCGUAUCCAUUGUUCUAACCACAGAUUAGAUUUGGCAUUGAAAGGCUGUGCAAAUGAGAGCAAGAUUAUUGGCGAUACUCUAAGCUUUGUACAGGAUUUAGCAGUUUUUAUCCGUCACUCUCCUUUGAGAAUGUCUACCUAUGAGAACAUUGCAAGCGAGUCGUUGGAAGAUAACGAGCAUGUCGAAAGCCUUCAUCUUCUUUGUCCUACUCGUUGGACCGUUAGAACCAAGGCCAUAUUAGCAGUGUUAAACAGUUACCAAGCCCUAUAUGAUACGUUGCUGAGUAUAUCCAGAACUGCCUCAACUCGUGAAAUUCGUGAUAAAUCCGCAGGCCUUGCAAUUAGGAAGAUGACCAAGUUUGCGACGUUCUUUGGACUACAUUUUGCGGUUCACAUUUUCAGCGUUUCAGAGCAACUUUCAAUCACAAUGCAAACCAAAGGAAUCCUAGCUCAGACCGUCAUGGAAGGAGUACAGGCUUUAAAAGACAAUUUGCAACAGCAAAGAGAUGGUUAUGACGUUUUCUUUGAGCAAAUAUCUGAAAAGGCGGCAGUCCUUAGCAUGGUAAAAGAGCCAACCAUCCCUCGUCCACACAAAGUACCUCGUCGUUUGCAUGAUGGCGAUGCCGAGCAGCACCAUUUCGAAUCAGAGAAAUCCAUGUUUCGCGCACAGUAUUUUGAGGCGAUCGAUGCCUGCCUGAGUGAGUUGAAUCGAGAUUCGAUGAGAAAUCAUAUGAACCACUUCGACAAAUUGAAGACGCUUUCCUCAAUGCUGCAAACCGAGAGCCAUUUGAAUUUAACGAUACUCUAA